AUCCGUAUGCAUCCAAUAAAACCGAACGCAUAUUCGAAAUUCAAAUCAGAUUGUUGUUAUUUAGUUGCGCGUGAGGUGCUACCGGAAGUUGCGUUCGAUUACAAUCAAAAAUUAAUUUGACUUUUUAUUUUAUUUUUUAAUUAUUAGAUUGGAAUGUUGUUAUAUAUGAAUUAUUAAAUAAACAUUGUGUUAAGUACUUAAUUGAGGUACAAUAAGUGUUAUUAUAAAAGUGACAAAAUGGCGAUCUCUCUAAUGAGAUAUGGACUGCGUUCAGCCGUAUUCAAUUUGGAGAAGACUGCGGCUAUUCUUUCAAAUCCCAGUGCACAUAAUCAGAUAAAGUUCAUUCACACAAAAGUGGCCUGCAAUGGCAAGGUCUGCUACAUCCAGUACCAAGAGAACCGCGAGCUUGGCUUAGUGGAACGAGCGAUGGCGCUUCGGAGGAAAUACAGCAAACAUCACGGCAGACCCGAGGAGAACCGCAGGAAAAAGGAAUCCGACAGCGAAAGCGACUCCGAUUGCGAUACCGAGUGCAAAGGAUUCGAUCGGUCGGAAUUCUGGCGUCGGAAAAUGCGUACAGUGCACAACAUCCUUGACGUGGACAAGGAUGGUCUGAUCUCAUUCAACGAUUUCCUGCUCUUGUCCGAAAGGUUUAAGGCGCUGGGGCAUCUGGACGAUGAGCAGGCGAAAGAAUUUACUGACAUUAUUAAGAAAACCUGGGAGGAGCAAUGGGGUGCCAUAGACCCCUACAACUUCGUCACAGUGGAACAGUAUUUGGAAGAUAUGCAUCACAUGCUCAAUGAUAAGACAUUGAAAAAGAGGGCCCAUAGGUGGUUGCCGUAUAUUUUUAAGGCUGUAGACAAGGAUAAGUCGGGCUUCAUUUCCGUGAACGAGUUCAAGCUGUUCUUCCAGUGCCUCGGCCUCAGCAACGAGCACGCCGCCGUCGCUUUUGCUGCCAUCGACACUAAUGGGGAUGGAAAAGUAUCACUCAAAGAAUUCGUAAAGCUCGGCAAAGACUUCUUCACUACAGAAGAUGAGAAGAGAGUGUCCAAAAUGUUUUGGGGGCCGCUCAUCGAAGUAUGAAUAAGAUAUUCAUUUAUGAGACGUCCAAGUCAAGUUUUCAUAACUUUGUAUGGUCUUUAGAGACGCUAAAUGUAUUCCUAUUUUAUUAUAGGUUUUAUUAAUUAGGUAAUAAGUUUUCCAUGUAUAUGUUGUUAAGACAGAUUCAAAUUAUUGAUUGUUUUGUAUUUUAAAUAUCUGAUACUUAUUUGGUACGUAGGUUCUUGGCCACUUUUCAAUAAUGAUAGCUAGUUUUUAAUUGUAUACUUUAGUUUACCUUAGUUUGCUUAAAAGAUAAACGAAUCACAGAAAUCUUCCACGAGGAACGCGUAAACGACGCGAUUUCCUCGGCGCUUUAGAUCUUCUGGAGUAAGAUUUUUCACUUGUAUGAAGAAUUAAUUCUCAGUUCGUGGCAAUAAAGUCGUAUGGGUCGCGUAUGAAAAGUAAGGAUAAGUAAAGUAUACAAUUAAAAAUUAAUUGUAUUUUUGGCCCUAAUAUCGUAAUACUCGUGAAAAUAUAUACGGCAGUCGAUCCUUGUGUUCAUUUAGAAAGUAUUAGAAUAUGUAAAAAAUAUAUAUAAAAAGACUUACGAGAUGAAUCUCAAUAAAAUAAUGACUAAAUAGA